AUGGGAAACCACAGCAUGUUCAAUGAGUUCAUCCUCCUUGGGCUGUCUUCCAUACCUCAGACCCAGGCUCUUCUAUUUGUGCUGUUCCUGGUGAUUUACCUCCUGACCCUAAUCGGAAACCUGGUGAUGCUGUUGGUGAUCAGGGCUGAUUCCCACCUCCAUACCCCUAUGUACUUCUUUUUGGGACAAUUGUCCUUCCUGGACCUCUGUCACUCAUCUGUCACAGUACCCAAGAUGUUGGAAAAUCUACUUUCUGAAAGCAAAACCAUCUUUGUAGAGGAGUGUCUGGCUCAGGCCUUCUUAGUGUUUGCCACAGGGGGCACCGAGGCCUGUCUGCUGGCAGUGAUGGCUUAUGACCGCUAUGUGGCCAUCAGCAACCCUCUGCUCUAUGGCCAGGUAAUGAGUAACCAGCUGUGUGUCAGACUGGUUUUGGGCUCCUGGGGCCUGGCCUUUGUAGAUGCUCUCAUCAAUAUCCUCCUGGCUGUCAAUUUAGAUUUUUGUGAGAGCCAAACUAUACCCCACUUCAGCUGUGAGCUGUCUUCUCUCUUCCCUCUAUCUUGCUCUGAUACUUCCAUCAACUUCAUGCUCCUGCUCUGCUCCUCUGUCUUGCAUUUCUUUGGAACCUUCGUCUUGAUAUUUUUCUCUUACACCCGCAUUGUCUCCACCAUCAUGAGUAUCAGCUCCACCUCUGGCAGAAGCAAGGCCUUCUCUACCUGUUCCUCUCACCUCACUACUGUGAUCUUGUUCUAUGGAUCAGGUUUCCUCAGCUAUCUCUUGCCAACCUCAGGUUCCCCUCUAGAGAUGAUCUUCCCUUUACAGUACACUGUGGUUACCCCCAUGCUGAAUCCUCUCAUCUACAGCCUCCAGAACAAGGAGGUGAAGGCAGCUAUGAGAAGAAUGUUCAGAAAAUACACAAACUCUUUUACAUAG